AUGUUCUGCGAGGCCCAGAUGGGGCUCACCCUCGGAAAUGUAGGUAAAGGCCUCGGUAAUGUUCUUGGUGACGAGGAAGGCGUUGGCAAACUUAUCGAAGCGUUCCUUGGUGGCGGUCUCGUCCGGCGGCGGGCUCAUGGGCUGGCACGGAGGGGGCGCGGUGAGGCCGGCGGCGUCGGCACUGUCCGCGACUCGCGAAUGAAGGCUGUGCUUAUCGGCCACCGUGUCGUGCGUGGCGUGCGGUGCUUGGGUAGUGGUGCCCUUCUGGGGGCUUGCACGGACCGGCACGUAGACGACAGCCUUGCCCGGGCUGGUGUUGCUGCGCUGGAGGCGAUAGCCGUAGUCAUGUUCGAUGCCAUGCACGGGCAAGCGGUGGUGGGUGAGCUUCACCGUAUGGUGGAUUUUGUGAUCUUGGCUCUCUUGGUGCUGCUUGUUCUGGCCAAAAUCGUGUACAAGGGCGCCGUUAUCCUUGGCCGCCAUCUCAGCAGACGCAGGCGUCGAUACCGGUGGAAGAGACAACAGUCGGAACGGAGAGGCCGUGGCAGUGGCCAUGAGGGCGGCGAUGGCGACGAAAGGGCGCAUGUUGAAGAUUUGCUGUCAAGUUCUGAGAGUGCUAUCUCUCGCUCUCCUCUUCGUCUGAUUGUUUGA